AAAUGAUUUAUUACGUAGUGCAGUAAGUAUACCAUUAGAAUAGUAAUAACAUGAUUUUGACUUUGAUUCCAAUUUUGAUUUUGUGCCUCUAUGUCUUUAAGCAAAAGGACUAAGGUUAUUUUUUUAAGACACCAUAGUAGGUGUCAGUUUUAUCAUCUCAGUAGGUGUCUUUUUUACAUUACAUUUACUUUUUUUUUACAUUUUAACAUUAGACUUCUUGGUGACCAAACAGCCAGUUGGGGAUGAAGGCCAGUAUUUUGAUUAUUUUUCUUGUUUAAAAACAGAAAUUCCCAGCCACAUGUUCGUGUACAUAUAGAAUGACAUAUUUAUAGGCCAUAAGAACAGUUCAAGUUCGUUUUGUCUCGCUCCAUCCUUUGCUAAAGAAGACAAGUGUAGCUGGGAGGAAGUCCUUGUUGUAUCUAUGGCAGCAGUCUCCUGUCUUGGAAGAUUUAAACUAAGCAGCAUAUUUACAUUUUAAAGAACUUAAUCUACAGUGUAAUGUGCACUAUUAGGAUUGCAUACUGUUUCUUCUUAAAAAUUUUUAUUAGAACUGUCAGCUGUAACACAGAAAUCAAAUUGUUUUGGGAAUAAGACUGCAACUAGGAAAAAAAAUACCCAGAAUCUUGGUGUGGAGGAAAUUCAAAGGCCAAAUCAACUGAAUAGGAAAGGAAUGAGUAUUGAAGGGCAGAGACAAGAAAUGGAAUGCUUUAGCCAGGUGAAGUGAUUCUAGUCUGGCAGGGAAUUUUUAACACUAUUUAAAACACAGCUGACACCAUUUUGGAGUUUUUGGGAUAACGAGGUAUUCCUCAUUUGAGUAUCUUCUCCCCAGUGCUUCCCAUCUGCAGAGGCCCUUUGAUGUUGAGCAAGAACUACCCGCACGAAGGCUGCUGUUCCAAAUGCCCGCAAAACCAGCAGGCUAGGGACGUGUCCUGAGUGGUGGCUACAGCCUUGUGGAUGCCAUUUCUUCCUGCGGUAGUCCGAGUUCGGGAGUGGCUGUCUCAGGAUUUCCAGCGUGCAUGUGUGUGUGUUCGGACACUGGUGUUCAGAUGGUUCGGGUGCAUUGUUUUCUUCCAGACAGUCUCGGUUAGCGCUUCACCUUAGACAUUUCUGUAGCAUUCUGUCGCCCAGCGCUGCGUGUCCUCUCUUGUUUCUGCGCUCCUUCCACGCCCUUCCCAGUUUCCUGUUAGCCAAAGGCGAUCGCUCUUUCUGAACGCGAAGUUCUGAGCCGAGUUGAACCUCCCGGAAAAUGCUCCUCUCUUCCGCGUGCGCCGGAUGGGGGUGGGGGUGGGCCAGAAACGAAACACCUCGGUCGGGAAAGCCGAAAGGAUCCAAACCCCCAGGCAGGCCUGGAGAGGUACGGUCCCUGCAGUGGUGCUCAGGGUCCCGAGACAAAGUAGCGCCCGUCCAGCUGGGGUGGGGGUGGGGGUCAGAGGGGCCCUCUUUUCAGUUGGAACCCUGCGACUAGGCCCACGUAUGUGGGGAGACUGGGGCCCGGGGGGUGGCGGGUGCACCACAGGGAAUCUGAACCUUCUGGUUCCCUCCUUCCGAGGUGCCCUUCUUGUCCCUGCUGCCCCAAACCGCGGGAGCGGGGGCUGCGCAGGUUUCCUGCCCCCUGGCCCUCUCGCCCCUUCCGAGGACCCGACUGCCCGAUCCCUGUCACGCCUGUCCUCUCGGCCAGCGCUGCCCCUAGUCCGGACCAGUGUUAAAGAAGGACAACUACUGAAGCAAACAAGUUCUUUCCAAAGGUGGAAAAGGCGAUACUUUAAACUUCGAGGCCGAACACUUUAUUAUGCAAAGGACUCAAAGUCUUUGAUAUUUGAUGAAGUUGACCUCUCAGAUGCCAGUGUAGCUGAAGCAAGCACAAAAAAUGCCAACAACAGCUUCACGAUAAUCACUCCAUUCAGGAGGCUAAUGCUGUGUGCUGAGAACAGAAAAGAGAUGGAGGAUUGGAUCAGCUCACUAAAGUCUGUACAGACCAGAGAAGCUUACGAGGUGGCCCAGUUUAAUGUGGAGCAUUUCUCAGGGAUGCACAACUGGUACGCCUGCUCCCAUGCCCGCCCCACCUUCUGCAACGUGUGCCGAGAGAGCCUCUCUGGAGUCACUUCCCAUGGCCUGUCCUGUGAAGUGUGCAAAUUCAAGGCUCACAAAAGAUGCGCUGUGCGGGCAACAAAUAACUGCAAGUGGACGACUCUGGCCUCCAUCGGGAAGGACAUCAUGGAGGAUGAAGAUGGAGUUGCGAUGCCUCACCAGUGGCUGGAGGGCAACUUGCCUGUGAGCGCCAAGUGUGCUGUCUGUGACAAAACGUGUGGCAGUGUUCUUCGUCUUCAAGAUUGGAAAUGCCUUUGGUGUAAAACAAUGGUACACACUGCCUGCAAAGAUUUAUACCACCCUGUAUGUCCACUUGGCCAAUGUAAAGUAUCUAUCAUACCUCCAAUUGCACUGAACAGCACUGACUCUGACGGUUUCUGUAGAGCAACAUUUUCAUUCUGUGUUAGUCCUCUCUUGGUUUUUGUCAACUCUAAGAGUGGAGAUAAUCAGGGAGUAAAGUUCCUUCGUCGUUUUAAACAGCUGCUGAAUCCAGCUCAGGUGUUUGAUUUAAUGAAUGGAGGUCCUCAUUUAGGUUUAAGAUUAUUUCAGAAGUUUGACAAUUUCCGGAUUCUUGUUUGUGGAGGAGAUGGAAGUGUAGGUUGGGUUUUGUCAGAAAUUGAUAAGCUCAACCUGAAUAAACAGUGUCAGCUGGGAGUGCUGCCCUUGGGCACAGGCAAUGACCUUGCUCGAGUUCUUGGCUGGGGAGGUUCAUAUGAUGAUGACACCCAACUUCCUCAGAUACUAGAGAAGCUGGAGCGAGCCAGUACCAAAAUGCUGGACAGGUGGAGUAUAAUGACAUAUGAACUCAAGUUGCCCCCGAAGGCUUCUCUACUUCCUGAACCUCCAGAAGCACCUGAAGAAUUCUAUAUGACGAUUUAUGAAGACUCAGUUACAGCUCAUCUUGCAAAAAUCCUCAAUUCUGAUGAACAUGCAGUGGUCGUAUCAUCUGCCAAGAUACUUUGUGAAACCAUAAAGGACUUUGUUGCCAAGGUGGAGAAGGCCUACGAGAAAACGCUGGAGAACGCCGUUGUCGCGGAGGCUGUGGCUACCAAGUGUUCGGUCUUAAAUGAGAAACUUGAGCACCUGUUGCAAGCUUUGCACACAGAUUUCCAGGCUGCUCCCACUCUCCCAGGUGUGGGGACUGUCAUCCUGGAAGAAGACGUUGUGGAAUCUUCAAGUGAAGAAUCCUUGGGGGAAAGCAAGGACCAACUUGUGGAAGAUAUUACAAAACCUUCCGCCCAGAAAGCCGUCAAACCAAGGGAGAUAAUGUUACGAGCAAACAGUCUAAAGAAAGCAGUGAGGCAGGUCAUUGAAGAAGCUGGAAAAGUUAUAGAUGAGCAGACAGUUAUCUCUACUGAUUACGAUAGUGCAGAAACAGACGAAUCUAAAGAAGAAUCUAAAGAAGACUCAAGAGAAUCAUUAACUGACGUUUUGCCACCAGUUAAAGCUGCACCGCGGUCUCCAGAUGCUCGGGCAAGUCGUGGCCAUUCCCAAACUGAUUCUCUCCCUGGUCCAGCUGUGACAGCCACCAAAGAAAAUCUCCCUGUACUAAAUACUAGAAUAAUCUGCCCAGGUUUAAGAGCAGGACUAGCUGCCUCGAUUGCUGGGAGUUCUAUUAUCAACAAAAUGUUACUAGCAAAUAUUGAUCCUUUCGGUGCAACGCCGUUUAUUGACCCAGAUGUAGAUUCAGUAGAUGGAUAUUCAGAAAAAUGCGUUAUGAACAAUUACUUUGGGAUUGGAUUAGAUGCAAAAAUUUCAUUAGAAUUCAAUAAUAAGAGAGAAGAGCACCCUGAAAAAUGCAGGAGCCGAACUAAAAACUUGAUGUGGUAUGGAGUCCUUGGGACCCGGGAAUUACUACAGAGAUCUUAUAAGAAUUUAGAACAAAGGGUUCAACUUGAGUGUGAUGGGCAGUAUAUUCCUCUCCCUAGUCUUCAAGGCAUAGCAGUGUUGAACAUCCCUAGUUAUGCCGGAGGCACUAACUUCUGGGGUGGAACCAAAGAAGAUGAUAUAUUUGCUGCGCCAUCAUUUGAUGACAAAAUCCUGGAGGUUGUUGCAAUAUUUGAUAGCAUGCAAAUGGCAGUGUCAAGGGUCAUCAAACUGCAGCACCAUCGAAUAGCCCAGUGUCGUACAGUAAAGAUCACUAUAUUUGGCGAUGAGGGGGUCCCAGUGCAGGUGGACGGUGAAGCCUGGGUUCAGCCUCCGGGAAUUGUCAAAAUUGUGCACAAAAACAGAGCUCAGAUGCUGACAAGGGACCGAGCCUUCGAGAGCACUCUGAAAUCUUGGGAAGAUAAACAGAAGUGUGACUCUGGCAAGCAAGUUCUUCGAACCCAUUUGUACAUCCAGCAUGCUGUUGACCUGGCCACAGAGGAGGUGUCGCAGAUGCAGCUGUGCUCCCAGGCUGCAGAGGAGCUGAUUACCAGGAUUUGUGAAGCAGCCACAAUUCAUUGUCUCCUGGAGCAAGAGCUGGCGCAUGCUGUGAAUGCAUGCUCUCACGCACUGAACAAAGCCAACCCGUGGUGCCCGGAGAGUCUCACAAGAGAUACUGCUACGGAAAUAGCCAUCAAUGUGAAGGCGCUAUAUAAUGAAACAGAAUCUUUGCUAGUGGGAAAGGUUCCUUUGCAGCUGGAAUCUCCACACGAAGAGCGAGUCUCCAGUGCCUUACACUCUGUGGAGGUGGAGUUACAGAAAUUAAGAGAGAUCCCCUGGCUUUAUUACAUCUUACACCCCAAUGAGAAUGAGGAGCCUCCUAUGGACUGCACAAAAAGAAACAACAGAAGCACAGUAUUUCGCAUAGUGCCAAAGUUUAAAAAGGAAAAGGCACAGAAGCCAAAGACAAGUUCACAGCCUGUUCAGAAAUGGGGCACAGAGGAAGUUGCUGCUUGGCUGGAUCUGCUCAAUUUGGGAGAGUACAAAGAAACCUUCAUCCGUCAUGACAUCAGAGGGGCUGAACUUUUGCAGCUGGAAAGGCGAGAUCUUAAGGACCUGGGGAUACCGAAAGUGGGCCAUAUGAAGCGAAUUCUCCAGGGAAUUAAAGAGCUUGGAAGGAGCACCCCCCAGUCUGAGGUGUAAUCAAAUUGGUGCUAUUCCUUGGAAGAGAAGUGAUUGAUACUUAAUACAAAAUUCUUGGAAGCAAUUGGCUGUUCUUGUAGGUUUCUGCGUAGAUAAGUAAGCACCACUGAAGCACCUCUGUGGCUUAAUAUUUUUCUGUGGGUGAAAAUUUUAAUUUGAGGUAGAAGAAAAUAUUUUUGUGCCAGAAAUACAUUCCAUGAAGCCAUUUUCUUAUUGUGCAAACCUGAUAUGUUUAAAUGUGUUCACAAUAGUUUUUAAAAAUAGGAAUCUGAAAUUAUUACAAAGUCUAAAAGGUGGAAUUGCUGUUUACUUCCUUUGACACCUGGUCUUACAGAAGGUUCUUCCUGUGCAACCGCAUCAUAGUAUGUGGAUAAAACUUCUUAAGUUUCAUUAUUGGAGGCACUGACUUCUUUAAAAUCUUUGGUUAGGAGACAAGAUAAAAAUUAAAUUAUGUUUUCAGUGUUAAAUGGUAUCACCUCAGGUUCCCAGCCCUCACUGGUCAAAGAAUAUGGUUAAACAAACCCAUCGUAUAUUAUAAAUGAUGCAAAUCUUAUUGCACGGUGUUCCUGCCUGAAUUGUCUUUCCUUUUCUUGCAUGUCAUAUAUAAUACUGUAAUACUUUAUAUCUUUAAUGUCAGUUUUAAUGGAAUUUAUUUAUUACUUCCCAAGUACCUUUUUGUUGGCUAAGGGCAGUACACUUUUUUGUUCUUUAAUGUGGAUUUUUGCAGAUAGGUGUAUAUCCCUAAGACUCAGUAAACUAGUGUCUGUGCCAUAAUCAACAACUUGUAUACAUCUUGUGUGGCCAGUUUUAUUUCAGUCUAUCACAAACUGUAGGUGUGCACAGUAAGAAAAUUCUGUGGGUUUUUUCAUAAACUUACAUGCUCUUUUACAUAACAGAAUGUACUUCAGUUUUCCAAACCACAUUUCCCACAUUUUAUCCCUCUUUUUUUCAUUUCAAUUUAAUUAUUAUAUUCUGUUUGACUUUAAAAUAGACUGUUGCCAUCUAGGUAUUGUCCAAGAUCUCAGCUGAAGUUUGUACACUGAUUGGUCACCGAAACUUACCCAGUAGCUACAGUGAUUUCUGACAUGAACCUCCUAAUAGAAGGAAUUUAAAUUUCUUCUAAAGGGCUUUGUAUUAUUAUUAUUAUUAUUAUUUUAUGUAAUUUUUUAUAUUCUGUCUGGUAAAAGCUAUUUCCUUUUUCUAAACCACUGUGUGGCAGUAUUGCUCCUUAAAAGUCAACAUUACAAUGAUCAAAUAUUUGAAAACCAAAGGUAUCAUAUCAAAAAUUCACAAAAAUAUCCUUAAAGAUUUCUUUAGUCAUUGUAUGCCAAGAAAUUAUAAUAUUUUAAAAUGUACUGACCAAGUGAUGACAAUUUUCUGUAGCCUGGUAGGUGCUCGAUACACAGAUGCACAUAAAUGUGUAUAUGCACAUACAUACACAUAUACAUGUGUAUGUAUAGACACAUUUAUGUACAUAUGAUAUUGAGACAUAAUAACAUCACUAGUAUUUUCUAGAUAAUUAUUUUGCCCAAUGUUUAAAGAGAAAUAUUGUUAAACAUAUAUUUGACAGUUAAUUCUAGUUUAUUGCUUGACUCUUUAAUUACCAAUAAAAAUCACAAAUUUUAGAUAUCUUAAAAAUAAAUGAAGGCUAGGAACGUAGCUGAAUGGUACAGCACUUGGCUAGCAUGCCUGAGGCCCUGGGUUCAGUCCUCAGCAGCACAAAACAAAUGAACCUACUGGGUUUCUACUGGGUUUGAUUAUUAUAUUUUACUAAAGUUCUAGACAAUAAGAAAUUUGCUAAAGGCAGUUUAUAUCAAGUAGUUUAAAAGGAUAAUGAUCUACUCAAUAACUUUAAUUUUGUCCACACCAGUGAAGGCAAAAGUCUUUUUCCAGUCCUUUUACAGUCCCCACCCAACAUGUGGUCCUGUUCUGAGUACUUUCCUAUAAAGUCAAAAUACCAGGUGCCAGAUUUCCAGAGCUCUUCUGAGAUUUCAGAUCCCUGUCCAGCCUUUAGGAAAAGCACAGGGUAAGCGGGGGAGGAACUGUAAUAUAAAGAAUUUAUUAAUAUGAAAAGCUUUAUUGAUUUUUGCCUUUCCCAUACCCAGGUGCCAAUAGAAAAGAUUCUUAAACUAUCAUGUUUUCUGAAUUUAAGAGUGUGAUAUAAAUGGUUGGAUUUUUUGUUUGUUUGAUAUCUUUUUACUCUUAGGUAACUUCUUUAAAGUCUCAGUUAAUGAAAAUUAAAUUUGCUAGAAUUUUUCUAAAAUAGCCUUUUUGGAUGAAAAAAAUCAUUUAAAAUUACAAUUUGAGUAUUUUUGUUGUUAAGUGAGAGCUGUUUGUUCUGUGAGCUUUGUCUGCAUGUGUUAUUGCAGGACUCAGAUGCCUUGUUGCUACUUGUUUGCCAGUAUGGUGCCCUUAGCCCCCUGUCAGUGUCAUGGGGAAGUCAUCCACUUAUCCAGAUAGAGUUCAGAAACCUGAGGUAGGAAUUGCUCCUGCCUGGGAUCACAUCAGCCUGGGGUGUGCAGAUGAGGCCUCAGGGCUGCAUAUCGUGGCUGUAGUUGCCAUCUCUUCUUCCCUUAGGCUGUCCCAGGCCUGGAUGAUUGGGAUGUAGGCUGGAGAAUCACAGCCAAAGUCCACUUCCUUUCACUUUCUUUUUCCUGGAAAAAAAAAUCUUGCUUUUUAAGAAGGAAAAGUACAUUGCCUAAGUAAAAUUCCAGAGUACUCAAUAUUUCUCUUCAUUGUUUGUCCAUUUCCCUUUCUGAGUGUCUCUCCUGCUUCCUGCCUUUUUAUCUUUCCACAUGCCCUGGGCAGUAAUCAACAGCUGCUCAGAUUCUCCCUCCCUCCUAUCCUUUCCCCGUCAACUGCCACCUACAAAAUGACCCCCUUUGUGUCUUCCUACCGUAAAGGGGUGUUUGAGCUAAGCAUUAGGAAGAAAACCAUUUAAAUUAACUUUAUAUGAGCAUGUUAUAAAAGAAUAAUUGCUGGAUAAUCCAAGUGAAUUGAUGGGUUAGAUCAUUUGGAGAUUGUGACAUAUAUUUCUCUGGCUGAGAAGCAGUAACUCAUGAAUGUCUAGGUUUCUGCUGUAAUAUCAUAGCCACCAGCCUCCUAUGGCUCUUUAACUAGCAAUUUCAUUUCUCAGUUACACUUGCCACAGCAGCUAUAAAGGGCAACAAAUACAGAACAUUGCCUCCACUGCAAAACUUCUAUGGGACAGCAUAAAUCUAGAAUAUCAUCACUACACAAGAGGUAGUCCAUGGGCCACCAACAUGAAUAUCACCUGGGAGGUUAUAGAAAGGCAAAAUCUCAGGUCUGCUCCAGGAAUAUCGAGUCAAAACUCUGCUUUCAAAGGGUUCCUUAGACAAUUACCACUGGCAUACAUCCAUUUUAUCCUUACUAGACUUAGGAAUUGAGGUCUUCAGAGGUCCCUGCAAGAGCUUGCUCCUCAGGGCACUGUUCUAUCAGUUCUCUCACUAAUCCUAGAAAUAAGAUGAAGCUCAUUCAUCACCACAGAAGUUUUCUUCUCAAUCUUUACCCCUAAUUCUAGUUUUAGAUGGGCCCUCCCUACUCAGGAGUCUUAUUUCGGUAGCUAGGGUGGUUUCCAGGGGAUUGGCUGACCGACACAGCAGGCCUCUCUCCAGUCCCACCCUCAGCUCUAAGCAACUAACAGUCCACAUUCAUUCUGUCUGUUGUUCAUGCAGCGUAUUCACUUCUCCGUGAUUUUGGUUCAGAAGAUUUCAGAAGGCUGUGUACUGAGAUAAGUAAACACUGGUCAGUCCCUUGCAACUCGUACAUUUUCAUUUUCGCUUAUCAGUAGAUUAUCUCGUUGACAUAGUUCAUGCUUGAGGACACAUAGCAGCGCACACAUCAAAUGAUCAUUGGGCAUGCAGGGGGGGGGGAUCCAGUUGAUUACAAGUGAAGUGAAUAUGUCCCUGAAGUCCUCCAAGUACGCACGUUUUGCUAGAUUUGAAUGUUUUUCAUAUGCUAACUUAUCUUGAUUUCACAUAGUUAAUAAUUCCUUAAAAUAGUGCUUGAAAACAGUGGUUGGCUCCAAUGCAGUUUUUUAAAUUCUUCAAUUAAUAAGAGCUUUUGCAAUGAGUUAUUGUCAGGAACCCUUCGCUUAAUAAUUUUUACAUACUGAUAUGAUUUAUCCAAACAUAACUGCCUAGAGAAUCUGUAGUUGUUUUUUAUGAAUAAAGAUUUUAGACUUCCAGGACUACUUUAAUAGGAACCUAACAAUGAAAUGUCCAUAUAAAGUAUCACUAAGAAAAUUAUGGGAGUUCCUUCUAUACCUCAUUUGUAAAGUAAAUCAUCUACUAUCUGUAACUGGACUAACAGUGUAGUGAAUUGUCGUGUUCUAAGGCUAUGAAUUUUUUAAUUAAAAGUAUCUUUUAACUUUGGCAUCAAGGAUGUCUCACCACUUUCCAAGGCAAAUUCAUCCACAUCUUUCAGAUACACGUUGGAUAGGGUUUACAGUUGAGUAAUACAAGUGACAAUUUUAAAACACCAGGUUCUCCCUAGCACAAGGAAGAGAGAGAGAGGAGAAUGUUUGGAAUGGAAGUGUGACCAGUGUGCUUAGCUUCCCUUGGGGUUCACGUUGCUUGGUUUCCACGCUCCUCCUCUCGCUCCCCACUGCGCGCGCAGGUCUUUUUGUCUCUGCUGUGGCAACUCUUGACUGACUGCGUGGCAAUGUCUGUCACAACAGCAGUGUGAUGCCUUUGCAGCAGAAUGCCUUCCUGAACAGGCAACCCAAACCGUAUGUAUCAAGGUCAUGUUAUUGGUUUCUAAAACAAGCAAAGCAUCCAUUUUUUCUUCGUUACUGUUUUCUCUGUAUUUUUUCCAAGUUUUGUUUAGGGACAUUUAUGUGAGAAAGGAAAAAAACUACAAAAGUUUAUUACUAAAGAGAACAAAAAUCAAGAGACAGCUGGCCUGUACCUAUUUGUAUAAUUAUUCCUGGUAUUUUCAGGAAAAGAAGUUUAAUAGAGUAACUGAGACCACAUUAACUCAGUAGCAAUGUUUAGGAUAAAUUCCAUAUUAUAUAAUAUAGUUGAACAAUUCCUUUUAUGCUACUAAGAUGUUUUAUUUAUUUACCUACUCCUAAUUUUUUUAUCUAUUUCCAAGUUUUAGUUGGAAAAUACAAACCAAGCCACUACUUAAAACUCUUAAAAACACCACACAAAAUAUUUUAACUUUAGCUACAAGUUAUUUAUUCUGUAUAGGAAUUUAUAGUCUGGGUAUUUCGUAGUAACUAUAUUUCAAUAUAAAAUAACCAAACCUAACAGAACAUAGUGGCUUUUAAAAUGCAUUAAAAUAAAGGAUUACAAUACUCAUUUGAUACUGCUAUUAAAGUAGGACAGUGCAGUUGGGUGUACAAGCUAAAAAGAAACAAGAAUAUAUUUUGUGGCCCUUGAUGUUUGAUUGCACUACUAUUUCACACAGCUUAGCCGUAUCUAUUUCUGUACUCUUUUAAGUAUUAAGCUAAUAUAUAAAAAUUUCUUACAGUUCUGGUAACUGGUAACUAAUGCUGUGCAAAGUUUUAUUGUUGUAACAUUCCCUGUUUUGUGAGUUAUAUGUUGUAUAUUGAUGAUGACUAGUAAAUUGGAGUAAUAUAUUUAUCUAAAGCUGGAAAAAUAUGAUAAUUAUUUUCAAAUCUUCCAGUAAAUAGUAUCAGAUUUGUUUCUUUCUCUUGAGAGAUGAAAGUCUCACUUUUAUGUUAACAUGUCUAUUUAUAAAACAGGUUUCUCCUUUUCUGGUGUUAUUAAUUUUCAUAUUAAAAUGUUUCUUAUCUUUUUAUACCAAAAUAAUUAUCAUGCUGGCUAUUCAGACUUCCAAGUUGUAUUUUAGUUUGCAGAAAUUUUGACAGAUAAAAUGUUUAAUAACAAACAAAUAUAAAAGCUUUGUAUAUUUUGUGGCUUUAUGAGCAAGAAUUUUACCUUUGCACUUCUCUAUGUGAGGCAGUGCUGAUGUCAGCAUAGUUAACCAUAGGCAGUAUUACUUAUAAUCAUUAGAAGGUUUUCACAAGUUGUAUAAAUGAGUGCAUUUAUUUAUUGUAUUGUGAGAUUUAAUCUUUAUACAAAAUGCGCAUUCUGGCUCUUUUCCUUUUUACUCUUGUUGCCUAGAAUGUAAUAGUUCUGUUAAUGAUUUACUUAUAUACUUGAAGUACUCAUUUCUGUCAAACAGAUGCCCUGUUUUUUCCUUGUAAAAAAAUACUUUUUACUAGCAUAGGUAACUGAGCAGUUAUAGGGACUUUGUAAGAAAAAUGAUUUUUAUAUCUAAAAUAAAUAUCAAAAAAGCAUAAAACCAAAAGAAAUCACCAAUAUUAAGAAGUUAAUGUACCCAAGAAAGUCAUUGUGAUACAUUUUGCCAAUGUAUGUCUUCACUUUGUAACUUUUUUCCUGUGAUGAACCUUCAAUUCAUGUCAAAAAUUUCCAUAAUUGUACUGCUAAUAUGGCAUUUAAAUGAAAAUUAAGAAUCAUGAAUCCCUAAAAAUACCACAUACCUCUUCCAGCUCUGGGUUCCAACAUAUAUUUGCAUUUUACUCUGGGCUACUGCACACAGAUAGUAACUGGGAUGGGUAAUGGUUAAUUUGUUUCUGUCAGAUAAGGCAAUGAGAUUUUAAUUGAGUCUUGAGUCAUUUCUAAAUAUAUUCUCAAUUCAAGUGUUUGAAAGGCUACAAAUUUAAAACAUAAUGGCAUAUCAUACCACACAGAAUAAAGGAAGGAAAAAAGUUCUUCCAACUUAAUAUGAAGCAAUGUGAUGUAACAAAAAACUUGAACAAUCCCUAUUUUCCACUAGACUAAAUGUGAGCUACGUAAGAAUUAUAUUAGAUUAAUAAUUAAUUGACAAUAAUUUUAUAUUUUACUGUUUCACAAGCAAUUGGUGGAAAAAAUGAAAAGAAAUGGAAACAUGUAGAAAUUACAGGAAAAAAGCUUGAGUUGGCAUUUUAGCGGAUGUGAAAACAAAGAGCAUGAGUGUGGACUGGAUAUCUUUCAUUUUAUGUUAUAGAAACAAAAAGCACAUAUGAGAUAUGUUAAGCACAAUACCACAAAACAAAAUGAAAAAGAGUACAAUGCUAAAGUCUGAGAAUUUAUCUAGAUCUUAUUACAAUAAGCAAUGAAUUCAGGGAGCUGAUUUUGCUGUUGAAAUUUAGAAAUCAGUUAAGGAGACACCUCUGCUGACUUAGUCAUUCAAGACAUUUGAUGUACCACACACGUGUUUAUUACAUGGGGCAGUUGUCUGUGCUUUCUCAGUUUAGUGAUAGCUAUAGGAAGAACUAGUCAGAAGCUUUAGGAAAAAAGCUGUUUCCUUUAAAAUAAAAGAACUCUGGUGAAUGUAUAUCAUACUGUCCCAUAUAGAUCAAAGGGAUUUUCAUGAACUUGCUAAGCCUUGAAAUGUAGCACAAUAUAAUCCAGAGCUCCUGUAGGGUCCCUUCCCCUCUGAAAUGUUGGAAUUAGAAAAAGGUACAAAGUUGUAUGGCAUAAGGAAACAGACUGAAUUGGAAUUCAUCAGCGUGGCAUUUUGACCUAUUUUAAUGGGACAACUUUAUGAUUAUUCCAGAAUGAUUUGGUACAGUGACAGGAAGAAAUUAUUUGCUUGAGAAUUUGCUUCCUAUGAUGACCUGAUAUACAGAUGACCUUAGAAUAAUUAAAAUUAAUUAUCACUUUUAUUAGAACCUUCCCUGUUUACAGAAUUCAGUUGUACAGCCAAGUUUUAAUACACGUAAUGAUGAAGGUGAAAGCUGUAAACUGGAAUAGUUCUUUCGUUUUCUCUUCUUGGAAAGAUUUUGAAAGGUGACACAGUUUUUAUGCAACAUUACAUAAAUUAUGUUCUGCCACGAAACACAUGAACUAAGAUAAUGGAGUAAAACAAAUGCUUAAUAAAAUCUUGGUUUUGAAUUGUGCAAAUUUAAAAGCAUUUUGUCUCUCAGAUGUAUAUAAAAUUUCCCAGUAUGCAGUUGCAUAUUUUUCAUUUUUUACCAUUUCCAAAACUGAAUUGGCAUGUCAUGUUCUGUGUCAAUUACUUGAAAUAAACUGAUAAUUGUAUUACCUUGGUCUAGGCAUAAAACAGACUUUAACCCUUCUCUUUUAUGCUUUGGCCAUAGCUUUUCAGCAAACAGCUUUCCAAUUUUAAUGUCUCUCACACAAAUUUCCCUUGUCAUCUCCUUGUUAAAAAUAUAAGUAGGCGUUUUUUUCUUUAUUGAGUAGCAAACUAACUCUUUAGCAAAGUGGGGAAGAAUCUUUGUACCCUUGCCUCUCCUCACCAUUCAGGAACCUUACUUUCCACUGACCUUUUGUAAUCCAAGAAUUUGAAUCUGCCCAAGAUGUAGUGCCUUGGCAUAAUCACAUGCCAUAGAACAACUCAUUUAAGACUCAGUUCAAAUUUAAUUUCCUCUGAAGCCCUACCUGAUAUAUGUAGGCAGGUAUAUCAUCCAUGCUCCAUAGUAUGUUGAAAGUUUUUAUGUAAGCCGGGCAUGGUGGCACAUGCCUGCCAUCCCAGCACUCAGGAGGCUGAGGCAGAAGGGUUUGCUGUGAGUU